UUCCAUUCGGUUACUGAACGUUAAGGGGAGUGGACGGUGUUCCGUUUACAAUUUCGAUUGUUCGCGCUUCGAUCGUGUUUUGACAGUUUGAAGAUCAAAGUUAUUCUUAAAUGUUCUUAGGAAUUUGUCAUUUGUCCAGCUAUUGCACGCAGUUUGAAGGCCAAUGUUGUGUUGACUGUGUAUAACUUGUGAAAAUUAAAUUUGACUUGACUGUUUAAAAUUUUUUACUUGCGUGAAAUCAUUAGAAUUGCGAGUGUCGACAAUUUUGUGAAUAAACAACAGCGAAAGAAGUAACCUACAUCCUGGGUGCGAAGAAAACGCCGGGCCGAAGUGAAAGUUUAAACUUCACUGUUUGUGUCGCAUUUGGAGUUUGCAGAGUGCCAUUUAGAGCAAACAUUUCGUUUGAGCAUCCACAAAUUUUUUGGUGCCGUUAAAAUAAUUGAAAAAGUUCCGGACGCUUAUGGGAAAAAUCGCAGCUGCGUGACCCGAAACUGUGUUAGAAAUAAACGAUUUGCCGCGAGAUUUAUCUCCUCUUUGAAGUCCGAUACUGUAGAAUGAUUAAUAACGCGUAUGUGAGGAUGCGAUUUGGGGAGCGUUAAGAACUUAAGUUUUCCUGAAACAUUUCCGGGCUUUAUGAGGGAGAGAAGGUCUUUACCGAUAAGCAACGAAGUGGCGCUGAAGAGUGAUAAAGAUGGAACUGGGAAGUUGGUGGUGAACUCUGUUAUAUGUGGUGUGGUAGAUGAACUGUCUAGUGGCCGGACUGGUAGAAGAGGUUCGUGGGUUCGUCACGCAGUCAUGGGAGUGCUACGGUGGAAGGAUUUGACUGGCGUCAGGACUAGUACACCAACUGAUCAAAAAGAGGUGCCAAGAACCGAGAAACGUCGGUCGGUACCGGUGCCAGUUGGAGAAAGGCACUCGUGUUCCGAGGACCGUGUACCUGCCCCACAUGGACCCCCGCCGUCACCAGGCGCGGCAGCAGCCCAACAUCGAGUUGCAGCCGCCUGUCAAGCCAGUAGGAAGUUGUUAGAGGAAACUCUUGCUAAACCAGGAACCCCGCCAAGUAUAGUGCAACCUCCUAACGGUGGAUACUGGGUGGAUGGCAUAGAUGAGGUUCAAGAUGGAGAGGAACCUGAACCUAGGGCGCAACCUGGCACUCCGCGACAAGCGUCUAGGCGACACAAUAUCGAUACCGACGAUACUGCCAAGUAUUACAGGCGAUUUUUCCUCGGCAAGGAACACAUCAAUUUGGUUGGAACAGAUGAAAACCAAAGCCCCGUGGUGAUCUCCCUCAAAAAUGAGCAUGUAGCUGGACAAGACCACACGAGGAUACUCUUGAGACUCCGAACAGAAACUAUGCAUGGACUUAUACCCACCACAAGAUCGAGCAUGACGCCAUCACCUCUGAAAAUGGCCAAAAUGCUGAACGAGCAAGUAAAUGUAGAUAAUUUCAUGCCUGUCAUGUGUUUAAAUGCGUCGCAAUUGAUCGCGGCGUACGAUGAACACGUGUUAGUGAACAGUUUCAAAUUUGGAGUACUUUAUCAGAAAUACGGUCAGACUACUGAGGAAGAAUUGUUUGGAAACAACGAAACAUCGCCCGUUUUUGACGAGUUUCUCGAAAUGCUCGGACAAAGAAUAAAAUUGAAAGAUCAUAAAGGUUACAGAGGUGGCUUGGACAUAAUGAACGGCCACACAGGAUCUGAAGCGGUCUACGAGCAAUACCACAAUAGAGAGAUCAUGUUCCACGUGGCUCCGCUACUGCCACAUACCGCUGGAGAUGCUCAACAGCUCCAGAGGAAACGACACGUUGGAAACGACAUUGUGGCUAUUGUUUUUCAAGAAAAGGCAACUCCAUUCACGCCAGAUAUGAUCGCCUCACAUUUUCUCCACGCAUUCAUCGUCGUUACGCCUAUGGAGACGGCCGGCGGGGAGACCAGGUACAAGGUGGCCGUCACCGCUCGUGGGGACGUACCAUUUUUCUCUCCGACUCUCCCCCAGCCGCCAGUGUUCCGAAAAGGGCGAGAAUUCAAAGAGUUUCUCCUCACAAAACUCAUAAACGCGGAGAAUGCGUGCUACAAAGCUGAGAAAUUCGCCCAACUCGAAUUAAGAACGAGAUCUUCGCUGCUACAGAAUUUGGCUGAAGAUUUGAAGGGUAAAACCAUGGAGUUUCUUGGUACGGGUGUGAGGAUAGACGCUGGGGCAGUAUCCCCGCAACCAGAUCUAACCCCGAAACAAGAUGGGCCAGGUGCUAGGUUUAUUGAUACAGUCAAGAAAGCGUUAAUUUCAAAAGUCAGUUCCAGGUCACCGAGUGUAGAUACGAAUCUCUCUGGGGAUAGCAACAAGGUUACAUUUAAUAAGAACAAGUUGCCUGCGCAUGAAACGCACACUCCUAAUAGCGGUCGCUCGAAGUCAUCAAUUACAUCGUCAUCAGCGAGUGCAGUGUCCGUGCGUUCAGCGGGUGGCUCCGGCGAGUCCAGCCCGGACGUGACGUCACGUGCCGCCCCCCCACGUCCCCCACUCGACCACAGUGACGACUCCAGUCUCAAUUCUGUUGAUUUGGACCCUCUUGGUGGAGUGUACGUGGACAGUGACACGGGAUUAGAAUCUAUGUCGUCAGCGGAAGCGGGCGGCGGCGGUGGAGGCGGCGGGGGCGCGGGACAGGGACGCGGCGAGCCGCUCGCGGCCGCGCGGGGUGACGCUGAACUCCUCAGACAGGAGGUGUGCCGGCUGAAGAACGAUAAACUAGAUCUGCUGAAACAGAAUAUUACAUGGCAAAAUGAGAUAAAAUGCCUCCGAGAAAGAGAAAUGUCGCUGCAAGCGGAAUUAGCAGCCACCGCUAGAGAAGUGAGACGAUUGCGUGACCAACAAGCCGGCACCAUCAUUGCGAAUCCAUCAACGCAUGAAUCCACCGCUUAGAUAUUAUGUACUAAAUUUUUAUUUUAUUAAUUUCGACUCUAUUUAAUCGCGUUAAGGUAGUCUUUGCCUUUCGUGAACUUAAAACGCAGUGACUGGCGUUAAUCUAAUAUAUAUCGCCGGCUGAUCUCUUAAAGUUUUGUGUCUUAAUGUUUUGAUAAUUUAUUUAACGGAUCUGAGGCUAAAAUUAGCUAUCUUUCUUGGAUUAGAGUAAAAAAAAGAAAGAUAAAUAUAUAACAAAUAAUGCUUAGAAAAGUUUUCUAACGAGAUACUAAGGAUGACUUACUUAAUGUUUGUUAUGUGGAAAAAAAUCUUGACAUUUUGUUUUGAUCUUGAUUUUAUUUUUUGUAAAUUUAUUUAACCAGCGAAUUUUGUAGCAAAAUAAAGGCAGCCAGCAACAAAAGUGAAAGUAUGGUACCUACCUGUUAAUGGUAUAAUUCCUGUAUUUGUAUUUGGCAUACCAAAAUGUGGUUGUCUAAUUUCAAUAUACAGAUAAUUAGGUAGAUACUCGUAGAUUCACAAAAUUAUUUUAUUUUUUACAUAACAAUUCUUCCAGCGUUGAUAUACUUAUGUUGCUGAUUGUAUAUAAUACUUUUGAAAAAUUAGACAUAUUGCUUCUUGCAUAUCUCUAUUAGGAAACAGACAUGUGAUGCCCAUACGCGUUGUUUUAUAUCAUGUUUUCAAUAUGUAGAUUUCAACUGCUGUGUUCGACUUAUUGCUUUUACUUUAUUAUGCAAUAAUUAAAUUCUCUCAUUACCUUAUCCAUUAUCUGCCCACUGCUGAGCAUAGGCCUCCUAAAUUAUAUUUUCUACCAUAUCAUAAAUUAACUUCAAUGUACGACUAUAUAGACAGAUACAUCAAACUUAUCUUUAUUUCUUCCAUUCUAUCCCAGUUUUUCAUGUCAUAGCUUGACUGAAAUUGAUGUCAUACUUGUACUGAGGUAGGUAUUACGAAUUUCUAUAGCUAAAUAAUAUUAAUUCAGAUCUUUUAUAUGUCGUUUUAUAAGAACCAACUGUCUGCUAUGAACACAGGUCGCAUUAAUUUUGAAUACCAACUUUGUCUCCAUACCUGCCUCUAGAUCAGCCCUAAUCGAGUGUAUCUAAAUAUGAUUACUCACACACACACACAUGGGAGUAAAAGAGAUUUCGAUCAUGUUGUCUCUUUCUUUUUUGAUUGUGUAAGCGGUACAACUACCAAAUUAAAUUGAUUCAUUUGUUCUUCUCUAGAGAGCUGGUAGGAGGGAGAAGUGUUUCAAAAGUCGCACAUUAAAAAUACUAAAGCUACAACAAUAAUAUUUAUUGCAGCAUUUAUACAAAUUUUUGUCACUGUGAUUUUAUCGCAGAGUGUUAUGACAUUUUGUCGUAACUAAUCUUCGAUGUGCGACAAAUAUUAGUGCUUGGCCUGGUUCAGUCAAUCGCUUUGUAAAUGUUGUGAUAAAGUAUAAAUAAUUCUUUGUAAACUGAUUUUUAUUACUGUGUAUACUUAGCAAAAUAUUGUACUGUUUAUACAUAAUGUAUAUUGAUUUUUUACUUAUGCCAAGUGAAUAAGUGCAAACGAAAGAUGAUGAUGAAGGAACUUAUUCGUAAUAAUUCUUGAUACCUUAAUCUUUAAAGGUACAAGUAUAGAAUAGUACUUGUUUGUUACCGUUUAAUUUGAUAAAUGUUACAAUUUCUUUCAAGUUUUUAUAAACUUGUUUAAAUGUAAUGCAAAUGUAUAUUAAACUAUGGUACUGCAGAUAGAUAUAUAAUAUAUAAUUCGACCUGCUUAUACAUAUAUACAUAAACUUACCAUACACAUCCACUGCUGAACAUAGGUCUCCACCAUAAGGAAAAUGUUGCCAGUAAUUGCCACGCUUGGCAGGCGGUUUGGCAACCGCAGUUAGGCUUUGAUAAUAUUUUAAGAGGGACGGUCCAUCGAUCUAUCCAUCUUAGUCGGUCGAUCGGUCCAUCUUAGUCGUUUCUUACGACACCUACGAGGAAGAAAGGUGUAGAAUAUUUUAUGCCAGGAUCAUACGGCAUGCAUAAUAGCAUACAUGGCACCUGCUAUUCCCGAAAAAGUGUUUUCUUGUGUUAGAGAUUUUUGUAAUAUCUAUCAUGUAAUCAUCCGAAAUAAAUAUGAAUAAAUACAGAGAGAAUUUGUAAGAGAAUACAGAUCUAUAAGUAAUACAUAAGAGAUUUCUUCGUUUGCUCUUCUUCACUUAGUAUCUCUUUGAUUAUAACAUUGUAAAAUACGCGCUCCAUAGAAGUGUUUCUUAUAUAUGAUAAAUAUUUACAAAUCAAUAGGCGAUUUAGUAAAUUUAUAUUAAAAAAAAAAUAUGAUCCACAUGCAUAAUUGUGUAGAGUAUUUUAUGUGCACAUGGCAACACUGUAGUUAAACUAAGAGAGGCAACUCUCAUUGUAGUCUAUGGGUAAAUUAGUUUAACUAUUAAUGGAGCUAUAAAUGUGAUUGUUAUCGUCUAGAAUGCCUUGACGUGGUCUUUUGUAUAUUAUCAUUAUAAAUCAAUGUGAAAUUGAUAUUUGUGUAAUCACAAAUCAAUAUUUUAUAUCGUUGGUUUACAUAGUUUAUUGCUAAGUGUGAAAGGCAUUCACUAUCAAAAUUAAAGACAUCUAAUCUUCUAUUUAGAAAAAACGGUACCUAUUUACAUAGCCUUGAUAUAUAUUAGAAAGCCUAUAUAUAAAUAUAUAUGAUGCAUUAGGAAAUUCUUAUAUGAUCGUAUACUAUGUUACAUGGUUUGAAUUUCUAUUGUAUAAAACCUCCCAGUUAGUACAUUAUUAUAUAUAUUAUUUAUUAGUAUAACGCUGAUAUUCAUUGCACAGUGCAAUUUUUUUCGCAAAUAUCACCACAAAUAACUUAUAGAUUAUUAUUUUCUUUUAAGUAUACAAAUUUAAGUUCACCAGUUAUUGUAAAUAUAUUUCAACUGGAAUUAGGGUAUACAAUUAAACAGUAUUUUCUUAAUUUAUGCUUGAUUUAAGUUUCGUUUACCGAGUGUCUUUGAGUUUUAAUGUUUUGUUGUUUAUAAAUUAAUAUUUUAUACCAAAGUUAACAUUCCCCACUAAAUAGUAUAGUUUUUUUUUUAUUAUUAUUAUUACCGUAAUAAAGAUGAACCAGUAUUUAUGAUUGUACUGUCCGGGGUGGUGACCUGAUAUACAGUUUAACUAUACUAGAACGUUUAGUUUAACUAUACUGUAGGGUUAAUAAAAAUGAACUGGAAAUAAUGACAUACGUAUAUAUAUAAUUGUUACUGGAGUAAAAACAGUUUUAAUUUCUAAAGUCACUGUUAUAACGUAUAUUUAGAUGGCACAUGCCCAUAAAAAUAUACGUUAUUAAAAGCAGUAUUCAUAAUAAUAAUAAUAUCUCAUUUCUAGCACUGCAAUAAACAACUAAAAUGUUACAGUAAAAAUAUGGAAAAAUUAAACUUAAUUAAAAAAUAUUACUUUGAAAUCGUUCCAUUUAUUCUUAACACUUCUAUAGCUUUGCUAGAAAUGAAUAUUCCUACAGCUAAUUUGAGCAUGCAUGCAUCUAUUUUCUAACUACACUAUUAGAUCAUGCUACAAUGUACCUAUCGUGGCCUGUAAUUAUCAAUGUGUCUCAUAUUUCUGGUUACUUUUGUAAUAUCGAUCUGUUUGGAAGUACGUUGACGGAGUAUGCUAACACUAUUGUCUAAGUUUACAUUUAGUUUCAUUAUUAAAUGUAAUCCUUUGGAUUUUGUUCGACUGUUGAUUGUAGUUGAGUUGAUUGACUAACUGUUGAUUCGUCUUCACUUACAUUUAAACCAAAUAUUGCGAGCGCGGAGCGUUAGAAGAAAUAGUUUAUAAUAAUAAGAGAUACUAUUGAAAUAUAUGAAUAGUUAAUAUUAAAUAA